GUGGGAGGGGAGGGGGUCUCCUGUCUGAUCCUUUGUCAUGGGAAGAGUUUACUCUGCUGUUUCAUACAGAGACAGAGAGGACUUCAGCUUCAUCAAGAACAGAGACGCUAAAACAACUAAGGCGCAACUAUGUGAAUGGGACAGAAAACAAAGGGAACAAAGCACAUAGGGCCCAGCUGAACCCUGCAUCCGUAGACUGAAUCAGAGAAAGGAGGUCAGUGUGAUGAACAGCAUGCUUCCUCAAAGGAGUGCUGUUGCCACAAUGGGCUACAGCUCAGACUGUGUGAAGAUUGAGCACAGCAGCAGUGGCUCAGUGGGUGGCACGUUGCUGAGGGGCUCCCGCUCAAAGGCAGAGCUACAGGAUCUGAUGGAAACGCUGCAGCGCAGAAAGAGUGCUCUAGAGGCCAGCUUGAGGGCAGCUGAGUGCAAUCGCAAGUACCUCAGUGUGCCGUCAUCUGUUGGAUCCCAGUCCACCAGGCCACUUUCAAUCCUCAGCAAUACCGAACGGCCUCUGUCUGCCUCCAGAACUUUCUCCUACAUGACCAGCAGCAGCGUACCUCCAUCACCUCGCCAAGGUGAACGCCAGCUGAGCCCUAACGGCUUGCUCCGCCAUUCCCACUCUCGCCACCAGUCACAAGACAGUCUGCUCCUCUCAAACGCAGCAGAUGGAAGCUCUCUGCUCUCCUCCUAUGGGCAGCCCCUACCUCGUUCUCCCAGAGUCAAAAGUGGAGCAGCCAGUGUGCCGUCCAGCCCUCGCAUGGGCCGCAGGCUCUACUCUCAGGGCAAAGCUGGAGGAGACUCUCGGCAGAGGAAAUACUCCACUGGCUCCCUCAACAACCUGGGGAUGCACAGCCGUUCUCUGCCACGGCUUCACAACGCAUCAGACCCCCCUGCUCUGUCGCUACUGUCACGCCACUCAGUGGGUUCCCACAGAGGAGUGGGCUCAGCAGGGCAGCGGCGCAGUCUCUCCUCCCUGGAGCAGCCACCAGAUGUGACCGUACCAGCCAGCAUGCCCAGCACUCCCAGGCGGGCCAGCCUGGCCUCUCUGAGCUCUCUGGGUGUAGACAUGGACGGGACGGGCUUAGAUCUGGGCUUCGGAGAGAGGAGGUUGUCCUUUGGGAAGGGUGGGCUGGUUCCAGGACAGAGGAUGGGCAGCAUCAGCUCUUUGAAUGGCAAAGAGGAGCUGAGAGACUAUCACCAGCACCAGAGAGAUGAACGACUCAGGGAGCAGAAAGUGCAGAGAUUGGAGUGCCAGCGUCUAGAGACCAUCUUAAACCUGUGCACUGAGUUUGGCCAUGUGGAGAGAGAGCCGGCGGGCUCAGCUGUUUCUGACCUCCAGAAGAUCAAUAAGGAGUUGGAGAAGCUGCAGGUGUCGGAUGAUGAGUCAGUGUUCUCCGACUCUCCCAGCAGCACUGCUCCAGAGAGCUGUUUUGGGGCCAAAGCCAGAGACUUCCAACUGGCUGAGGAGCAGCAGGUCAGCCAGCGUCAGCAGAGCGGCUACAGAGAGGCCAGGUCCCACUCACCUGCUAUCAGCCUGAACAGCAGUGCCCCCUCACCCUCCACCCACCACAGAGCCAAAGCUUUGGAGAGCGUGCAGCUGAAACAGGAAGUAACGCAUUUAGAGGAAGAGAGGAUUCAAGUUCUGAACAACAUAGAAGAGCUGGAGCAGAAGAUCAAAGACCUGGACAACCAGAUGGAGGAGUCUGUCCGAGAGAUGGAGGUGGAAUGUGCUCUGCUGGAGGGGGAACAGGAGUCGGAGAUGGCACAGCUGCAGAGGGAAAUGGAGCUUCUGGACCAACUUAAGGAGAAGAUUCAUAGUACUGAGAAGAAGAGCCACACUGAGAAGUCACAGGAGGCUGAGGAGCAGACAAAAAGUUUGGAGGAUUUGGAGUUUCAGAAGCUGGAGAGAGAAAUUAAUCAGGGUGAGGAAAAAGAGAAUCAGAGCAAAGAGCUGCUGCGAGAGAUCGCCGAGUGUCAGCGUCUUACUGUCACACGCAAGGAAAGACUCAUGACCCUGAAGAAACAGUCCUCACAGAUUACUUUACAGGCUCAGCAAGAAAGAGAGAAUUUCCAGAAAGAGAAAAGCAAUUUGCUCAUCAUGCUUCAGAAGGAGAGAGAGAAACUGGCGUCUUUGGAAGGAAAGUAUGCAAAGUUGUCUGAGGGGCAGACCUUCACUAACAACCCUGUAGCCAUCACAGAGCACUUGCACUCUCUGAAGGAAAGGAGAAGAAGCAGCAAAGAAAACUCUUUCCACCCGAGUGACAGCCUACCUCAUAAGAGGAGCCAGCAGCUCCUCACCUCUUACGGCAGAUCCCUGGGACGCACGCUUCCUCCCAAGGCCCACCUGCCUCUGUCCCAAAGCUCCAGCUGUGGCAGCAUCAUCCCACAAGGCUUCAGCUUCUCCCCCCGGGACCUGAGCACCCGCCGCAUGCCCAAGACAAACAACAGCCAUGCACACAUGAAUGAAGACAGACAGAGAAGAAGUGAUUUUUGCAGCAGGAUGGUCUCUGAGCCCAAUGUGUUCUUGGACUCUUUCUCCUACCCGGACAACAGCCAGGCCUCAGAUACCGUCAGUGUGAACAGCUCUGACAGCCUGGAGACCAGCUUCUCUGCCUGCUCCCCAGACAACAUCUCCAGUGCCAGUACGUCCAAUAUGGCAAAGAUCGAGGAGAUGGAGCGUUUACUUCGAGAAGCCCAGGCUGAGAAGCAGAGGCUCCUCGAGCAUCGGGAGCGCGAGAUGCAGAUGCGCAGGCAGGCUCUGGAGGAGGAGCGAAGAAGAAGGGAGGAACUGGAGAAACGACUGCAGGAGGAGACAAGCAGGAGACAGAGACUUGUAGAGAGAGAGGUGAAGCUCAGGGAGAAACAAAGAUCACAGUCCCGGCUGCUGACUCGCUACCUCCCUGUAAGGAAAGACGACUUUGAUCUUCAUGGCCAUAUUGAGGCAGCUGGACACAACCCAGAUGCCUGCUUCCAUCUGGCCAUCACUGAUAAAACCUGUCGAGGCUUCCUGGUCAAAAUGGGCGGCAAGAUCAAGACCUGGAAGAAACGCUGGUUUGUCUUCGACCAGAAUCGCAGGACGCUCACCUACUACGCAGACAAACAUGAGACCAAGAUGAAAGGAGUCAUUUACUUCCAAGCCAUAGAGGAGGUGUACUAUGACCAUCUAAAGAAUGCGCACAAAAGCCCCAACCCCUCGCUGACCUUCAGUGUGAAGACCCACGAUCGGGUGUACUACAUGGUGGCUCCGUCGCCUGAAGCCAUGCGUAUCUGGAUGGAUGUUAUGGUUACGGGUGCCGAAGGACACAUGCAUUUCAUGGUGUAACUGAUCCCAACAGAUCAGGCUCCGCACUGCUAAAUUUCUUUGGUGAACAUUGUGUCACAUUAAAAGAUUUACAGCACUAUGCUCGUAUCAACGCAACAGCAAACGCAUUGUGUAGAGCUGAGAUGGAUGUUCAGGUCAACAAAAAAUGAACUUCUGGAAUCACAAAGGAUAAAAAGAUAACAAUAAUAGGACUACACUUGUAGUAUAUGUAGCCUACAGGGACAGCUCAUGCUCAAAGCACACUAUAAUGUAAUCAUGUAUAACAGAUCAAAGAAUUGAUAUACAAGUUUCAUAAUUAAGCUAUUUAGUUUUUUUAUUUGUUUAUGUACCGUGAGUGGCUGAAACAUCACUAAAUCUUGCAACAAUUUAGUUGUUACAUUUUCCAACUUUCUCCUUCCUUAUACAAAAUUUCUGCUAGUCUCAUAUACUCCCUGUUAUGUUUGGCUUUUGUUCAUUCAAAACUUCAGGGACCAGGGAAGCUUCUAAAUUAUCAGAAAUUCAACAUCCGCUACACUUCUAAACUGCGGUACACACUGAUGCUGCUUCUCUACAAGAGAUGCAUAUCUGUCUAACAGCUUUCUAUAAACUGAAGCCUUUUGUAAUGUAUGUAUCUGACAUGGUCAAAUCAGAGUUUAAGUUGUAGGUCCACCUGAGUUUCUUUGCCUUCUCCUUUUUCCCUCCUCUCUACUUCUGGUAGGACUCCACAGUUUUUUUCAGUGUUUCUAUAACUUAGUCAGACUGAAAUUUAUUUCAUUGGAACGUCAGGCUGUAUCAGUAAGUCACAACUUCUUGCCGAUCUUUUCCCAGAUAAAAUCAUCCCCGCUCUAUUUGUGGUUGCAAGAAUGCACAUUUUUAUUUUAAGUCAGAUUUCUAUAUUGUCACUAAUAUUAAAAUGAGAUUAGUGUGAGUAUUAUCUUACAUUUUUAACUCAAGCAUUUUGAUUGCUGCUGCUAGACUACCAGCAUAAGCUGAUUUUGUCUGCUUAUUUAAAGCAGGGCUGAAUGUCUACCAUCAGUAUUCCUUCAAACUAGAUACAUCUCUCCUUGCAUCUCUUAUAUUGCACUGAAUCUUAAUUUGGGCUUUUCUUCACAUAUGCAAACGUCAUUCAUGAAGGAGAGAUGAUUAUGGGCACUUUUUACGUUUUAUUGUUUUGAAUUAUUUGUAAUUUUAGACAAAUAUUCUACUCAUAAAAGUAGAACAUUUGCCCAGAUCACAAUGGUACUGUGUUUCAUGCCUACCACUGUGCAGCUAGCUCCCUCUAUCUGUAGUAGAGGCUGCAGGCCUGAUAUGAUGAGGCCAUGUUGUGCAGCAGUGAUGCUAUAUGUACUGUGUCACACAUGUUCCUUAGCAUUUCAUUAUGUUUUUUCACCAGCAGAGGUCCUCAGUGCAGAGUUAUUGCACUGAAAUGACGUAAUGCUCUGGCUUGUCGGUCCUUACUUAAAUAAAUGAGGAGUUACUGAAAGAAUGGAGUGUCAAUGAUCCAUAUUUUCUAAUGCUUAUAUAUCAAAUAUGUGCAUUUAUGAGCACAUGUAUAUCAAGCUUAGGAUUUGCUUUUUGGAAGCAAAGCAGAAAUCAUCAUGUUUAGGUUCUUCAACACAAAAUGAUUAUUAUAAUUUUGUUUAAAUUUGUUACAAAAUCCAUAUAUUUGAUCUGUAUAUUCUUUGACUAUUUGCAACAGUCUGACUGUAUUUGAUAAUGAAAGAUCUUUUUAACACAGAGUGACUGGCUGUUGGUUUACAGACUGCAGAGUGCAGAUCAGGUUGCAGAGCUAACAGUGUUGCAGAUGAGUUGUUGCCUUUGCUGGAUGCUUCUUAGUGUACAGAGGUAUCUGUCAUGUUUAACAUCUCAUCCACAAACUGUCAUCCACUGUAUGAGACAAAAGCCUUAAAACCAAGAAAUUACAGCAUUUAAAUAUAUUUUUAAUACAUUUAAUAUUUUAUAUUUUGUAUGAACAAUGGUAAUUUUUGUCAACACUAUGCUACAGGGUUUUAUAAUUGACAUUGGUCAUGUUUCAAUAUGAAUAAUAAAUCAUUUUGAUUAUGAAUCAUA